AUGGUGUCCAAGAAUGGCAUUAUGAUGGAUCUGGUGAAUAUUGAGGCUAUUCAUGAUUGUUCUAAUCCCACCUUUGUGACUGAGAUUCAUAGCUUUAUAGGAUUGGUAGGGUACUACAGGCAUUUUGUUGAGGGGGUUUCUACUAUAUCGAUGCCUUUGACUCAGUUGAAUCUCCAGGAUAUCCCAUUUAUAUGGUCGGAGGAAUGUGAGAGGAGCUUUCUGAGGCUCAAGGAGUUGCUUACCACCGCUCCUAUAUUAAAUCUUCCAGUUGAGGAUGAGAGAUUCACCAUUUAUUGUGACACAUCUGGAGUUAGUUUGGGUUGUGUACUGAUGCAGCAGGGUUGGGUUAUUACUUAUGCAUUGAGGCAUCUUAAGCUGCACAAGCACAACUACCUCAAUAAUGACUUAGAGUUGACAACGUAUGUUCUAGAUGAGUCUUAUGUGCUUCAGUAUGACGCGAUUGACUUGUAUGAUUGUUUGAGUUAUAUUGAGGAUCUAGCUGCUAUUUUGGCCAGAGAUGUCAAACAGUUGCAUUCCAGAGCUAUUCCUGUGGUUAAGCGUGGCAGCAUUAGAAGGACACUUAGAAGGGAAAAGCUCCGGUUUCGUAAUGUAGAGCACGCGUGGUCAGCUUACAGGAAAAUUUGCAAAGGCACACUGGAAAGGAAUAGGAAUAUUGUAGAGCUGUUAGCUGAGCCUCAGAGAUUUCUACAUCAGCAAAGGAGGGAAGAGGCUACUCAAUACCCAGUAUCACAGGUCAAUCUGGGUAAUAAUAAUGAAAUGCUAGUAGAGGUCCCUGUAAAUAUGGCAGCCAGGACAGUACAUGAUGUGGCAGUCCUACUCACAGUGAAUGUCACCUCCAGCCUUCAGAAACCGCCAGCUGGAGAAAAAAUGAGCUGA